GUGAAAAAAAGAAUCAAGUGGAAAAGUCUGCGUAUUUAUUUGCGAAAAACCACCUCAACGCGAGGCAAAAAGUGGAUGGUUUCCGUGUAGAAAGUGAGACUGAUCCGGGUAGAUCGUCGCGACGCUGUGUUGGAAGGCGUUUGCCGAGGUGUCGCACGGGGAAAAAGUGCAAAUGAAAUCGCAGGAUAUCUUCUGGAAGUGCGAAUUCCAUCUGCGACUCUUUAUUGGAUUAGUUUAUCCAUCAACCCCUUUUCCUGGGUCAAUUGAGGCGUGUGAUAUGUGACACCAUUCGCCCUGCUGAUUCUCUUUGCGAAGGAUGAAUAUUUUGUGCGACUUCCUCAACGGUGCGCGACCAUUUGUGCUGAAAUCUGUCUGACAUUUCUGCUGUGCACCAUAUAUAUACGUAUAUACAUAUAUAAGUGGAAAGUGUUGUGAAAAUUGUGUGCAAAUCCCUUUGUAAACCCAUUCUAGUCCUCCGGGCAUCGAUUUUACAGCUCAAGUGCAAGAAAUCCGUGGUCAGGAUGUGCGUAAAGCGCUAACUUUAGUGAUUUCACGUUGUGCUGCCUAUCUUUAUUUGUACAAAGAAGCCCUGCUGUGAGGGAAUCCCACGCCUUUCCUGUCCGUUUCUUAUCCUUCUGGCACUCUCUAUUGUGCUUUCUCUCUCUCUCUCUCUCUCUCUCUUGUGACUGUGGGCGACAGCAAGCGCAGUGGGACGAGACAUGGAUCAUGAGAGGCCACAGAGUAGCCUGAACCAGACAGGAGCUGAAACUGUGUACGGAACCCACGAAGACAACACGAUGGUGAUGUCGGAAAAGGUGCAAUCUCUGGCCGGGAGCAUUUACCAGGAGUUCGAGCGCAUGAUUCAGCGCUACGACGAGGAUGUGGUGAAGACUCUAAUGCCGCUCCUGGUGAACGUGCUCGAGUGCCUCGAUGCGGCCUACCAGUCGAAUCAGGAGCAGGAUGUUGAGCUGGAGCUCCUGCGUGAGGACAAUGAGCAGCUCGUGACGCAGUAUGAGCGCGAGAAGAGCGCCCGCAAGCAGGCGGAGCAGAAAUUGCUGGAGACUGAAGAUCUGGCCGAGGCGGAGAAUAAGGAGCUCGCAUCGCGACUGGAAUCGCUGGAGAGCAUCGUGAGGAUGCUGGAGUUGAAGCACAAGAACAGCCUGGAGCACGCGUCGCGACUGGAGGAGCGCGAGUCUGAGCUGAAACGAGAGUACAGCAAACUCCACGAGCGCUAUACAGAACUGUUUAAGACUCACGUGGACUACAUGGAGCGCACGAAGCUCCUCAUGGGGUCCACGCACUCGCAAAUGAGCUCAACGUCGGACAGAUUGGACGUGAACAGAGCGAGAUUGCAUCCCAUGAAUCGAUCUUCUGGGCCCGUUUCGUACGGUUUUGCGUCACUGGAGAACUCCACGAUGCUGGACACUGAGACGAUUUGCAGUCCGAAUGGCAGUUCAGGCUCAGAAUCCGGUCCGUUGUCCUUCCAGAAUGAGCUGGACAAUAUUCAGACGCUGGAAAAGGCGGCCGAGACGGAUUCGCUGCAACAAAUGAACCAAGCGACAUCGCCACAGAGUGAACCGAGUCCUGUGCAUCCGGCGCCUUCCUCAUCGAUGGGCCGCUCGAUGACGAAGAAGGAACAACGAUCCGGCAACACGCUCUACCAAGAGCUGUCGUUCCAAGACAACGAGGAGAGUGAGGAGAACGAAGUCACAGGAAGUUGGGUUCAUCCUGGCGACUAUGCGUCCUCGGUUAAUGAUAACUUUUUCGGCAUGGGAAAAGAAGUGGAGAACCUCAUCUUGGAGAACAAUGAGCUCCUCGCGACAAAGAAUGCGCUGAACAUUGUGAAGGAUGAUCUGAUUGUGAAGGUGGAUGAGUUGACUGGUGAGAAUGAGAUUCUGCGCGAAGAUCUGCGAUCGGCAUUCAUCAUGCGACAGAAGUUGAGCACGCGUAUUGGGGAUCUGGAGGAGGAGUUGAAGAAGACCAAAGAGCAGCUGAAGGCGCAGAGUUCGUCUGAGCAAGAGGACGAGGGUGAGAUCAGUAUGGCUCAGCGGAAGCGCUUCACGCGUGUGGAGAUGGCGCGUGUGUUGAUGGAGAGGAAUCAGUACAAGGAGCGCUUCAUGGAGUUGCAAGAGGCCGUGCGCUGGACGGAGAUGAUUCGGGCGAGUCGCACGGUGGAGUCGCUGGAUAAGAAGUCGAAACACAAAUUUUGGAAAUUUUUUAGUAACCUCUUCCGGACGUCGGACAGCCAGCAAGAGCAGCCGGACUUGCAUCUGCGAUACAACGCAGCAGAUCACCAUGUGGCGCCGGCGAUGAGCAAUGAGGGACGCUUGGCGCUGCCCUCCAGUGGUCCUGGCCACGCGCGUGCCCUGACAUUCACCACAGACGUGUCGACGAACGAGAGGGCGCAGCUGAGGAAGAAUGAGCAGUACAGACAAGUGCGAGCGCACGUCCAGAAGGAGGAUGGCCGAUUGCAUGCCUAUGGCUGGAGCUUGCCAGGCUCCAAGGCCAGUCCUGGGAAGUCCAUCAAGCAGCCAGCCAUUGCCAGCUCGGGUGCCAACAGCAAUUUCAAAGUACCGGUGCCCAUCUAUUGCCAGCCCAUUGCCGAGGCGAAUCCUCACAUGAAGGUGUUCUGUGCGAGCGGUGUGAAUCUCCAAGGUGGCUUCAAUCGUGAUGGGGGAUGUCUUAUUGGUGCCAGCAUCUUCUAUGCGCAGAAAAGCAUGGCGAAAAUCACGGAGAUCACAGACAAGAUUAGUGGAAAUGGCAGCAAUGUUGGCAGUGACUUAGAUUCACUGGACAAGCAAAUAACACUGGCAAUGGAGACGAGUGACCCCAAUUUGGCGCUCAGUUCGUACGUUUGGAUCUGCACGAGCACUCACACGGCCAGCACGGUGACGGUGAUUGAUGCAAAUGACGCCAGUGUUGUUCUGGACUCUUUCCCGGUGUGCCAGACGCAUCUGCUGUGCAUCUGCACAGUGAUGGGUGCGCUGGAGAAGGACUACGCCAUGCUGGAGAACAGCGAAGUGACUAAGGCUGGUGAGACACUGGAGAAGCCGGGCGAGGGUCCGGACGAUCUGGGUCGCGUGGAGUUUGUCCGCGUGCCGGAGGAGAGUACAAGGAAGGAGACUUCCAGUGAGAACAACAAUGCCACUGAAGUGGCCCAGGAAGUGGAGGUUGAGGGCGAAACAGCGCCCAAUCUGGGCGGUUGUAACGCUGUCGUGGAGAAGAUUGACGCUCCGCCAAUUUCACCAAUUCACUUUGGUGCUUACAAAGUCACCGCUGCCAACAAUAAUCUCGAUGACCUCACCUUCCCCAAGCCUGUGAAUCCCAUCCUGGGCUCGCCCAAUCCACUCGAGGAGCCUCCAAUGUCCUCCGUGGGGCCCACAAUGUGGCUCGGGGCCCAAAAUGGAAUGCUCUACGUGCACAGUUCGGUGGCGAGGUGGCGAGAUUGUCUGCACCAGAUCUGCUUGCCAGACGCCGUGCUGGCCAUUGUACAUGUGGAGUGUCGAGUGGUGGCGGCGCUGGCCAAUGGGAAGAUUGCCGUCUUCAGGCGUGCCCUGGACGGACAGUGGGAUCUCAAGAGUUACCAUCUCGUGACGCUGGGCUGUCCGAAGCAGUCCGUGCGAUGCUUGGCCGUGAUUGGAGAUAAGAUUUGGGCGGCUCAUCGGAAUAAGAUCUACAUCGUCGAUCCCAUCACACUGAACAUCGUGCACAUCCUGGAGGCUCAUCCGCGAAAGGAGAGCCAGGUGAGGCAGAUGGCAGCGACUGGUUUGGGCGUCUGGGUGUCAAUUCGGUUGGACUCAACGCUGAGAUUAUACCACGCUCACACGUACGAGCAUCUCGAUGAUGUGGACAUUGAGCCUUACGUCUCGAAGAUGCUCGGAACUGGAAAGCUGGGCUUCUCCUUCGUUCGCAUCACAGCACUUCAUGUAUCUUGCAACAGACUGUGGAUUGGAACUGGAAAUGGAGUGAUCAUAUCUGUGCCAUUGACAGAAACGAAUGGUUCUGUUGGAGCACAAAAGGUGAACUCGAGCACAGCGGGAUCGUCGAUAAGUAGCAGCGCGGGGAGCAGUGCGAGUUCACUGAGCAAAACGAAUUUCAUUCCACGAUGUUUCAUGGCGAAUGCUCAGCUGUCCUUCCACGGACAUCGGGAUUCGGUGAAAUUUUUCGUAUCAGUGCCAAUGCCGACGCCGGCUGAGAAUCCCGUUCACUUCGAUAAAUCACCAGAUAUGCUGGUCCUGUCUGGCGGUGAGGGAUACAUUGACUUUCGCUUGGGCGAUGGCGACAUGGAGAACAGCAUAAUAUUGGAGCCGAACCAAACCAUUGAGAAUCGCGGUGACAAGAGUUACCUAAUUGUGUGGCACGUUACGCAAAACUAAGAUUUUUAGCGAUUUAAUAGGAGUUUUUUUUAGUUGAAAUAUUAGCCUUUGUGGCGUUAAAGUGAAAAACUGAGAUGUUGUAAAAAUCCCCCCCCCCCAUAAAAGGAAACCUAAAAAACACAUUUAAGCAUAGAAGAGCAACAUAAUUCGACUAUUUGUAAAGUGUUCAAGCAAAGCUUUACCGGAAUAGAUUGAGAGAAGAGUGCAUAGUGACGUUGGGCUCUUUUUCGAUUAAUAGGCAAUAAGAGGAGCAUAAUUUGGAAUAUGAUACCAUAGCAUAUAAACAUACAAAUAUGAAUAGACACUACUUUUUUGCUCAUUGCAUGCUAAAACUGAUAUAAAGAUAAUUGUGUUUGUAUAUUUCUGAGGAAAAUUGUAUAGCUAAAUGGCUCUUGUAUCUCUUUUGAUUUAAUUUGCAAAGACAAAAC